AUUAAGGGAGGUGUACAGUCAUGAAACAUCUUUCCACUUCCACGAAUAACUCGCUCCACAAGACAGUGAGUCAUCAUCUGUGUCUGCAGCGCAUUCUGACGGCAGCACAGGUGUACUUAAAGCUUUUCUUUCAGCAUCAUGUUAUGAUUAACGCUGUGUUAAGUAUGCCAUCUUUCCAGUGUGGCAGCCUGGACAACUAUUGUUUGUAAGCAAAGGCUAACUAGCUAGCCAGCUACUGCCUCCUACUAGCUUAUCAUAACUGACAUAAUAAGAACAAAUUAUGGAUCUCGUUUUAAAUUCCACACGCUCCCUCGUCUUGUCUGGUAGCCAACUGUUAUUACACUCAACGGAUAAGACACAUGAACGUCGAAAUCAAACAUGGGCGUGUCAGGUUCAUUUGUUCAAUCAUUUAGCUAGGAAGUCUAAACAUUUUAAAGUGUGGCGUCAACAGCCUAUUUCCCUGUCAUGCUUUAAAACACACACACACACACACACACACACACACACACACACACACACACACACAGAGAGAGAGAAAGAGAGAAAGAAAGAUACAUUCAUUUAUUAUCUCCUCAAAUAUAUGAGCGCGAGCAGGGCUGUGAAGCAGCAGGAUCGAGGAACAGGUCCGCCCGGUCUACUCCUCCGCUGCUUUUACUGCCGACACACCUGUUGGGCAGGGAGGAGCUGAGACAGGUGGACGCUCCUUAAGGUGGAGAGGAGGCCUAGGUAAGACAGACGAGAGGGACUGAGAGGAAAGAGGAGAGGAGAGAGUGAGGAGUUGGAAGAAACACACUCGGCGCCCCCCGCAAAGAUGUCGAAGGAAUACUCUUCUGUGAAGCUCAGCAAGAGUCAGGCGAAUGACCUGGCCGUGCUGGUUUUGCGCAUGCAGAAGAACGCAGACAAAGUAGAGAAGAACAUCCUGCAGUCAGAGGAGCUGCUGGACGAGGACAAAAAGCGUGAUGCGCAGAAAAUGAACCUGAUCCACCAGAAGGUGAACGCAGAAAACCUGGCGGAGGCUGAGCUGCUGCUGAAGGACCUCUUCAUGGACGUGGACAAAUCCAAGAAGCUGCAGCACCCGCAGGCUCUGGAGAUAGAGAGAGAUGUGAAAAAUCUGCACGAUCGCUGGGCGAGGGACUGUGCCACCCACAGGGAGCUGUAUAACAAGAAGAGGGGUUUGGAGCCGACACAGAAGAUCAGCUGGGGUCCACUGCUGGAUGAAAAACAAAAACAGUUAAAUUCAGAGGCAUUUGGCCCCAACCUGACGGAUGUAGAGAAGCAGAUUGCGGCACACAACAUUCUGCACCAGGCGAUCGAGGCCUACGACACCCAGCUGCAGCCCAGCACCACCACAUCGCAGGAGAAGUACGACGCCCUCAGAGCGAAAUAUGCUAAACUUCUUGAGAGCUCCAAGCAGAGACGCAACCACCUGGCCUCUCUGUACGAGUACAUGCAGAGCUGCAAUAAGGAGCUGGUCUACCUGACAGGCCAGCAGGAGAGGAUCCUCAAGAGAGACUGGAGUGAUCGCAUGGCUGACCCCAAAAGCGUCCAGAUGGAGUAUGAGAAAUUCAAAAAUAAUGGACUACUAGCACACGAGAGUGAGAUCAACCAGCUGCAGGAGGAAGGAGAGCGCCUAAUUGAAAAGAAACACCCAGGCAGCCCUGCAAUAGAGUCACACAAGGAAGCUGUGCAGACCGAGUGGCAAGCCUUCCUCAACUUAUGUCUAGCACAGGAAGUCCACCUGGACAACAUUGAGAACUACAAGAAGUUCCAGGUGGAUGCAGAGACCUUGUCCGAGUCCCUGGAAAGACUCAAUUCCACUCUGGAUCCAAAGUCUCUUGCCGGCAAGAGCAACCCGGAGGUCCUGCUGGCGCUGGAGGGAGAUGAACCAGCAGUGAAGAGGAACGAGCAGCGACUGGCGGCCCUCAAGGAGCUCAGCAGCAGCGUCGUGCCCCUGAAGUCACGCCGUGUCCAGCCCACUAAACCCACCACUGCAGUGUCCCUGUGUGACUGGGCAGAUGAAAAGGACAUAGUGAGGCGCGAUGAGGUACUAAACCUCAAGUCCAACUCGAAUAUUAAUGACUGGGAGCUUCAGGACAGCACAGGGAAAACCAGAACCCUUCCUGGGGCGUGUUUCAUGGUCCCACCGCCUGAUCCUGAGGCCCUGGAGAAAGUAGACAGUCUGGACAGAGCCCUGAGUGGCCUGAAGAAACGUAGAUCUGCACUCAUGACCUCCCUGAAAACCCCCACAGUGGAGGUGGUUCGCCCUCAGAAGACAGUCACUGUGCAAAGUGCUCCAGAGGAUCCCAGAGCUGCAGAGUUGGCAAGUGAAUUAGACAGGAUCAGUAAAGCCCUUGAACAGUGCGAAGUACAAAUCAAGGGACGACUCAGAGCCCCGCUGGACAACCGCAGCCCUACACAGGACCUGGCCAACAGGCUGCAAGAACAUGAGAAAUCUACUCAGACUGUCAGAAAACUGGAGUCUGAGAAGGCUGCGGUGCAGAGAGAGAUGGGGCCUAUUCUGGCCAAGAAACCCCUCGGACCCACCGCCUCCAGCCUGCCCCCCAAACUCAGCGCUGUCAACAACAAGAUCGAUGACAUCAGCACCCUCAUUGAUCUUUAUAACAAGAAAGCUACAGCCUCCAUGUACCUGGAGAAGCAGAUAAAGAAUGUGGACAGCAUCGUCUCUGGGUUUGAGGAGCAGCUGGUCAAAGAUGGGGUCAUUCUUGAUGAGCAGAAGGCCCUUCAGAAUCGCAACCAGCAGCUGCAGGUUAUGCGUAAGAACGUGGCCUCAAAGACAGAUGAGUUUAAUAAACUAGGCAGAGACUUGGACCUGACAGAGCAAGCAUGCAGCCCCCUGCAGCGAAGUUUCAAUGAAUACUGUCCAGAUAUCCAGCGGCAGGAGGACGAGGUGAAGAAGCUGAACAACCGUUAUGUGACUGUCAAUAAUCAGCUCCAGGAAAGGUCUGUUCUUGUUAAGGAAGCAUCCAGUAAAAAUCAGGAUUUCCAGAAUGGGCUUCAGUCCCUGGAUUUCUUCUUGGUCAACUUGCCAAAUAAUGCCAUCAAACCAACUGAUGAUGUGAAGCAGAUAACAGCCAAGCAGAAUUCUCAAAAGCGAGUGGUGGAGGACAUCAGGAGUAAAUCAAAGGAGUUAGACCGUGUCAGGAGUCUUUCCUAUGAUCUCCAGAGAGUCUUAAAUGAGUAUGACAUUAAGUCAAAAGCUUACAGUGGCACUCUGAAUGAUGAUGACAAUGACGAGGAGGAUGACGAUGAUGAUGAACCAAUCCUUAAGAGACGUCAAACUUCAACUAUGGCUCAGGCUGUUCAGAGAAAGGAGAAAAACCUUCUGAACCUAUUCUCUGAAGUGUCUGCAGAAAAUGACCAACUGCUCAAGCAGCUGGAAAUCGCAAAGAGCAUCAAGGCCAGGAAUGAAGACGAAGUCAGUCAGGCAGUUGUCACUCAGCAGCUGCAGCUACAGAGCCAGAAGAAGGACCUUGAGGAGAGUGUUAGUCUGAAAAAUGAAUUAAGUGAGGAGACUGAGAGACGCUUAUGUGUGGAGAAAGAACUGGAGACAUAUCGCAAGCGGUAUUUGUCUCUGAAAAGCAGGAGAGGAGUGGAGAGGCUGGAGGAGAAGGAGGUGGUGCAAUACUACCGUGACCCCAAGGUCGAGCUGGAACUACAGUCCCUGAAAAAACGGAUCCAGGAUGAAAAUUUCAAAAGGUCAAGAUUCCAUUCAGAAAUAGAAACUUUAAACGAGAGGAUUAUCAAACUCGAAUUGCAGAUGACUAAAAUUGAGCCUAAGCUGGUGACCAAGGUCCUGACUGAGUAUGAGAGAGAUCCGCAGCUUGACAAAGAAGCUGCCAGGAUUAGAGAUGAGAUGCAGAGGAUACGACUGGAGCUCCAAACAAGAGAUACCGAGGCUGUUCAUGUGAAAACUGAGCUCACUGUGCUCGCUCAGCAGAAACCCAAAAUCAGGGAGAAAGUUGUUCAGAAAGAGGUGGUGAAGUUUGAAAAGGAUCCAGAGAUGCUGAAAAGUGUUCUCAUGUUCCAGAAUGAGAUUGCAGAGGAGGAAUCCCAUUGCAAGUCUCUAAACGAUAACAUCUUUGCCACAAGGAGCCAGAUUAACACACUGGAGAGGGUCAUUCCCACUAUCCAACCCAAGAUUAUCACCAAGGUGGUGAAGAAAGUACAAGAAGAUCCAGAAAUGCUUGAAGAGUCGAAGAAACUACGUACGGCCUUGGACGAGGAGAAGGAUGAGAUUGCCAUCUUGAUGAAGGACCUGGCGACCCUUCAGCUACGCUACAGUGAAGUGGAUAAGCUCAGGCCUAAAGUUGAGGUCAAAGAGAUCAUCAAUGAGCUCUACAGAGUUGAUCCUGAGACAGAAGUCGAGCUGGUGCGUCUGAGGAAAGAGCUGCAGGAAACGAGCCGUAACCGCACCGACACGGAGAAAGAAAUCAACGCAGUGAUAGCCACUCUGACUACCCUGCGUGCUCAGAAACCCAAAGUGGAGUACAAGGAGGUGACUCAGGAGGUGAUCAAACAAGAGAAAAGUCCAGAAGUCAUCAGGGAAUUACAGAGGCUAAACAACCAACUUUCCCGUCUGCAAGUCAACUAUGACACUACACUGGAGCUGCUCACCAGACUCGUGAAAGAGAGAGACGAGUUGAAGGCCGAAAAAUCCAAGGUGGAGACCAAGCUCGUCAAUAAAGAGCUCAUCAAAUAUGAGAACGAUCCUCUCCUUGAGAAAGAGGCUGACAGACUUCGGAGGAAUGUAAGAGAAGAGAUUCAGCAACGUCGCAGUGUGGAGGAGUGUGUCUUUGACCUCCAGAACCAAUACAUUCUUCUUGAAAGACAGAAGCCAGAGGAGAAGAUUGUAACACAGGAAGUGGUGGUGCUUCAGAAGGACCCCAAGCAGAUUCUGGAGCAUGAGAAGUUGAACAGGAACCUGGAUGAGGAAAUUAAAGUCCGUAGAAAGCUUGAAUUGGAGGUGAGACAGCUCAGAGCCUUGGUUGAAGAAAAAGAAAGUACCCUGGCUCAGAUGGAUGAUCGCCAGAAGAAGAUCAAAGUAGAGUCGGAACUCAGACAGAUCAAAUCUCGCAUUUAUGAACUUGAAAAUGCUCCUGCGCCUGUUGAGGAAAAGAUUGUCAUCCAGGAGAUUCUUAAAGUGGAGAGGGAGCCUCAGCUUGAAAAACUUAUUGAUGGUUUACGUGAGGACUUGGAGACUGAGUCCACUAAAAUCCGUGAUUUUGAGAGAGAAAUUCGCAACCUGAGGGUCAGAUUGGAAGUUCUGCAAAAGGAGAAGUCCGUUGAGAAGGUUGUUUACAGAGAAGUUGUUCGUGUAGAGAAUGACCCAGCAGUGGAAGCUGAACGGGAACAUCUAAGAGAGCUAGUAACACAGGAGAGAAAUCUCAGGCGUGACCAGGAGGAAACACUUCAAAACAUCAACAUCAAAAUAACCCAUCUGCAGACAUCGAAGACUGUAACUUCGCAGGAGGAGAAUACUCUCAUGUCCAACAGAGAUGCUCUGCAGAGAGAGAAGGACGAUCUCCUCAGACAGCUCAAAAUGCUGGAGUCUCAAAGACAGAACAUCACUAUAACCUUCCAGCAACAGUCCAAGCUGAUGAGUGAGAGAAACCAGUUGGCGCGACAGAGGAGUCUUAAAACAUCCUCUGAAAUGCAACGUCUGGAGAAACUGAUCCUUGACGAAAAAGACAAAAUACACCAGAAAGAUGCACUUAUCAUCAAGCUGCAGGACAGCAUUGAGAAAGAAGACCAUUCUGAAACUCACACCAGAGAGUCAAGUCUUUCUACGAAGAUCACCAUCUUGGAUCCAGAAACUGGUAAAAACUUGUCUCCCUAUGAUGCCUACGUGCUUGGCCUAAUUGAACGUGACCACUACAUCAGGCUGUCAAAGUUGGAGUGCGACUGGGAGGAAAUCACUUCAAGUGGUCCAGAUGGGGAUACAACAAUUCUACAGGAUCGCAAAAGUGGAAAGCAGUACUCUAUCAAAGAUGCUCUGAGAGACGGUCGCUUGACCCAACUUGACCUGACGAACUACAAGGAAGGGAAUAUGCACAUUUCUGAGCUGGCCCUCCUUGUUGUGGGGGAAAGCAAACCACCCUACGUUCCUCCAGUAACAAUCCCAAGAUCACCCACCAAACCCGCCCCAAUGUCUCCCAUGUCUCCUUUCUCCCCUUUGAGCUCGAUGCAACCCUCCCUCAGGUCCUCCUACACCAACCUCGACACUCACCUUAGUGGCAGUCUGACCAACCUCAGUGGCCUCAACACUAACCGUAGUCAGAGUUUGAACAACCUCACUGCUUCAGCUGGUGACGAGUAUUUCCCCAUCUCUGGGAUUUUCGACACCACCACUGAAAGCCGCAUGUCUGUGAGAAGCGCCCUGACCCGCAAAAUCAUCGAUAAUGACACGGCUCUGACGCUGCUGGAGGCACAAGCAGCCUCUGGUGGAAUCGUUGAUCUCAACAAAAAGGAUAAACUAUCCGUUCACAAGGCAGCCGCGCAAGGUUUAAUAGACCAAAGUCACAUGUACAAGCUUCUGAAUGCCCAGAAGGCCUUCACAGGAGUCGAGGAUCCAGUGACCAAAGUGCGCCUUCCAGUGGGGCUGGCAGCACAGAAAGGGUAUAUUCCUGCAGAAAAUGCCAGGAGGUACAUGGAGGCGCAGUAUCUGACUGGUGGGUUGGUGACCCCCGCUAAAGCAGGCCGCAUCACUGUCCAAGAAGCUCUCGCUGGCAAUCUAAUCGACAGCACAACUGCUGAUCAGCUGCUAGAUGAGACUUCCCACACAAAAGUGCUGGUGGACCCCAUCACUAAAGAGAAGAUAUCGUACAAGCAGGCGAUGGAUCGGUGUAAGAGAGACAUCAGCACAGGGCUCCUGCUGCUUCCUGCAGCCUCCACUGAUACCUCAAACGCCCCGUCAUACUCAAACUAUCGGUUCAAUUCCCCCUAUGGCAGAUACUAGAUGUUAAGUUGAAGAUGUACCAUGUUAUAUUUGCUGCAGCCACUGGUGCUAGAGGGGGUACGAUAAUGCUGUCUAGUAAAACAAAGAUUGACAUGUUCAUACACAUACUUGGGAAAAACUAGUGUUUGGUUCAACUGUACAUUUGGGUCUAUUUUUUUCAGUGGGUAGGGUUCUGCUGUGGAAACGAGGGUAAUGUUUGUUGAUCAAAUGUUUUAUUCACUGCUUUAAAAGUAAAUAAACGCCACAAGCCUCACA